AUGUUAUUUUUCGCGAUUUGUCAAGGUGGCGAUAGACUUGGUUUACUAUACGCCGAGUAUGACGAUUGUGUUGGCUAUUUCACCAGGAUCAUACGCCGAGCCGAGUUCAACACCAAUGAUGCCCAGUGCAAUUCAACAUGGCAAAACUACGGGGCAAGUGAUCAGGCUGUUGGCUAUAGGCAUGGUCAUAAGACAAGAAUCAUAUCGGUGUUAAACACAAUAAACAUGGAUAUAUCAGGUAACGAAUGGUUCUACGGCGCGGGUACAGUAGUGGAGGGCCAAUGUAUGGGCGCUCUUAUAUUUGUACAAAACGAUGUCUACAACCGGAACGGAUCAUGUGAUCGGUCCACAGGUGUUAUGGAUGUCAUGUCUGACGUGAAUCAGGCGUUCAUUGAUAUGAGGGGUCAGUCGUGUGCCACCCGUUGUAACGGAACCGUAUGGUUCAGAUACAGACCCGGAAAGACAUCGAAUUGA